AUGCCUGUCCAAACAUCUCAUUCCUGUGACACGAGGUCAUCUGAGGGGGCAACAGAAAAGCUCAAUGCGACUGAUAAACUGCCCGAGUUGUUUCUCACAGGAAAGAGCACUUUCAGACGAUUUUCUCUACAGUUACAGCUAGGCAAAAGAGAACAACCGGGCACAGAUUUCGGCUCAAAAGAAAGCAAAGUCCUUUGUGUCCACGCAACUUUAGGAGAAAGAAUAGUACUCACGGAGGACAGAAGCUCCCGGCCUUUGGGAAAGAAAAGAAUCCUACUUGUUCUGGUCCAUUUCGUGUUUCAGCACUGCCGUAAAAUACUCCCAAUCAGAGCUGUGGAGGCUGGAGAACCAACCGGAGGGCCCCCGGGGAAACGGCCCGGCGCUGACUGCCUCUUGCUGCCCGUCAGGCUGGGAAACCGGCUUCUGUGCGGGGAGCAGCUGUUCCCCUCCGCCUCCUCCUCCCAACCGCGGCACUUCUGCACAGCCACACAAAAGCGGACGGAGAGCAGCCGCCUCCUCCCUAAAAGCACACGAGCGCAGACGAGCGAGGCGGAAGGGAAGAGGCAAAGGAGUGUAAUUCGGCAGAAUCAAUUGCCAGCUAUGGAUGUGAAAGGGAGAGAAAGAGAACCAAGAGAGGGAGAGACUGACGGGAUGUCAGAGGGACGUCUCUGUGGACCUUAACAGCAAUCAGGAGACCAGACGCAGAGGGCAGCUGAGCCUUCGAUUUUUGACUCGCCAGGCCAACUGCGACCCCCGGGCCUGUCGUGUCAGGUGUCACUGGGUGUCUAGACAGUCAGACAAUGAAAUAUCACCAUGGAAACAGGCAGGCUGUUAUCAGUGGAGUGUGACAGUCAACAGUUAGGACCAGUCAUGUUUAAACAGAUACUUUGUCUGACCUUUUGAAGACAAACUAAUAAAAAAGCCCCAAAGGGAAUCAGAAAGCGAUGAUUCAUUGAACUGAGGAAGAAAGGCAAGGAGGCCAAAAACUCAAUUAUGAGGUAAGUAACGGUUCCGGUCGUCUGGACAUGGUUGGAUGAUCAAAUGAAAGCAGAUAAGUCCAUUCACAGAUUAAGGUGGUCACAGUAAAGCUCCUCUGCAGGAAAUGUGUUAGAGCAGUGGUUCUCAAACUUUUUUGGCUUAAGUACCCUUUUUAUGAUUUCUUCAAGCCAAGUACCCCUUGACCAGUCAACACAUUUUGCGUUAAUAUACAGUGAAAUGAGAGUCAGACAGUUAUAACAUCUGAUGCCCCCGAGCAGGUUUAUUGCUUAUAAACAUUAUUAUAUGUAGCUUUACGCAACUAUGUAAAUGUCUUAAGUAUUAGGCAUAACAGUUAAAGGUACAUCAGUGUUUUUCAGUUCUGGAAAAGGUCAUUGUGACAAUUUUUUAACAUUUAACCGCAACCUCUCCUAACUUACAUUAUUUCGCGCCCAGAACCUGCUCCUGAUUCCGGGUCUCUAUAAAUCUCUUAUUAAUUGAAAUGGGUUUUAAAUUUAUGAAUUUAUUUUUAAUGCAUAUUCCUGUACUCCUUAUUUCAUAUAAAAAUACUAUUAUCAUAAUUUAUUGACUUAUUGAUUUUCAUUAUUUAUUCCUUAAUGUCAUUUUCUCUCACACCCCCUGGAAUACCCGUACCCCCACUUGGGAACCACUAUGUUAGACUAAUCAAGGCUCUAACCAUAUAUUUGGCUAGAGGGGAGCAUCAUAAUUUAAGAGUGAACCAAAGACUCAUUGUGUGCCCAUUGUCUAAAAAAGUUAAUGGUACCACCUUUCUAAUAAUAUUAUUUAUCACAAUAUAAUACUUCACAUUAUAUAUGUUCUUCUUAAUAUUCAUAAUUGUUAUCAGAUCAUCACAUUUUAAAUGUCAUUGUGUCUCUUCUAACCAUCCACUGACCACGCAAGGAGGUGCAGGAUCAUAGCCCUAUAUUCAGAUAAAAUAAACAAGUUUUUCUUGCUUGCGUUCAACCUUUAUGUAAAUAGGUUUAAAUGUUUGCUUCUUGGAAUUACUUAUGCAUUGAAAUUGUAG